GCUCCACUUCCCAAAUCCCCCUGCCGGCCCUCGCGCGUCCGGGAUCGCUCACGGCUUCCGCCUUCCCCUUCACACUCGGGAGACCACCCCCGACUCCCUUAUGGCGUCGCUCCUGUGCUGUGGGCCAAAACUGGCCGCCUGCGGCAUCGUCCUCAGCGCCUGGGGAGUGAUCAUGUUGAUAAUGCUCGGAAUAUUUUUCAAUGUCCAUUCUGCUGUCUUAAUUGAGGAUGUCCCAUUCACGGAGAAAGAUUUUGAGAAUGGCCCACAGAGCAUAUACCACCUUUACGAGCAAGUCAGCUACAACUGCUUCAUCGCCGCGGGCCUCUACCUCCUCCUCGGAGGCUUCUCUCUCUGCCAAGUUCGACUCAAUAAGCGCAAAGAAUACAUGGUGCGCUAGAUCACGCUCCCGUCUCCCCCCCUUCGGCCUCCUCUAUUUAAAGACUCCCACGCCUCACCUGGUCCACCCCACCCCACCGGCGUCCUCCGCGGAACCAGGCUUCCCUGUCGAGAGGUGGGAUCCCUGGUUCUCUAAUCUCUGGCGUCUCGCCCCCAACUAAGGGGUCCGCUUGCUCCCUUCUCCUAGUCUCGAGCCACAAUAAACAGC